AUGUGCCCCCCCUCGUCACCCGCGCACGCUCAUCGCCCAUGCGCUCACCGCCAACCGCCAACACCGACACACGCCGUUCAGUCCUACCCAUCCACUCCCGCACCCGUACCCCGCACCCAUACCCUGCACCUGCAUGCUGCCUCCGUUCCCGCCCACAUACGCCCGCACUCAACCCACCGCCUACUCGCGCGCCCAUACCUAUUGUCAGUGCGCAUGUACGCAGCCCAUGCCCUUUGCCGAUCGCUCACCCGCCCACUCACGCCGCCCCCGCCCAUGUCUGUCCACCGCCACCGCCCGCCCAUAUUCAUACGCGCAUGCACACCGCGCACGCUCACGCUGACAUUGACUCCCCGGAUCCUUCUCCCGCUCCUGCCCGUCCACGCGCGCACGCUCGUGUCAUCCAUACCUACUUCUGCCCAUCUCCCCCAUUCUCGCCGCACCGGCCCCGCUCACACUCAUCCGCAUUGCUUACUAUGA